UGUAAAGGUGCGCACACGUCGGCUUGAUGACUUACCGCGGGAAUUAAUCUGACACUGCGCAUGAGUCGAGCCGCGCGGUCGCGUGGCUGUCCCCGAAUAGUGGCUACUCGUGCUUAUAUUGUGUUUAAUGUGAAUAAUAAUACCAUUGGAUAAGGAGUGCCUUUAAAAAGGUCAAAAUUUCCAUUAGCUGCAUUCAUAUUUGUAUUCUACGUGGCAAUGUUACAAGGAUGGCGGUUAAGGGUGUCGAAGCUGUUCCUAAUUCCUCAGCGGUAUGUCCUCGGUAUCAUGGGACUGCUGGCUGUAUGCAACGCGUAUACUAUGCGCGUGUGCUUGAACCUCGCUGUGACCCAGAUGGUGAAUAAUACCAAGAACGAUGAUUCGCACUUUGAUCCCGAUGCAUGUCCUGAUGACAGCGAAUUAUUAAUUAAUGGAACAGUUUCGCUUAAACCUCACGCCAUCUUCGACUGGUCUGAGUCUACCCAAGGGCUUAUUCUAAGUGCAUUUUACUAUGGAUACGCUAUUACUCACGUCCCUGGUGGGUACUUAGCCGAAAGAUACGGUGGCAAAUGGACUCUUGGAAUCGGUCUUUUGAGUACAGCCAUAUUUACUUUAUUAACUCCUAUUGUUGUAAAGGCUGGAGGUGCUACAUGGCUGUUUGUACUUCGAGUCUUACAAGGCAUGGGCGAGGGUCCAACGAUGCCCGCUCUGAUGAUUGUGUUAGCUCGAUGGGUCCCACCGCAUGAAAGGUCACGACAAGGCGCUCUUGUGUUCGGUGGCGCUCAAAUAGGCAAUAUCUUCGGUUCAUUUAUGUCGGGUGUUUUAAUGGCGGGAGGCGGAGAUUGGGCUAAUGUUUUCUACUUCUUCGGUUGUUUUGGAAUAUUAUGGUUUAUUGCUUGGAGUAUAUUCUGCUACAGCACUCCAAACACACAUCCAUUCAUAUCAGACGAAGAAUUAAAAUAUCUAAAUGAAACUGUCACUAGCGCCGAAAAGGCUAACAUAAGGGAUCCUGUACCGUGGAAAGCCAUUGUCAGGUCUGUUCCGGUUUGGGCACUUUUAUUUGCUGCGGUUGGUCACGAUUGGGGCUACUACACAAUGGUAACAGACCUGCCCAAGUACAUGACAGAUGUUCUUAAGUUCAACAUCGCAACAACUGGAACACUGACAUCUAUCCCUUAUCUGGCCAUGUGGAUCAGCGCCUUUAUAUUCGGCUGGGCUUGCGAUUUCUGUGUUAAACGAAAAUGGCACACAAUUAAGACAGGAAGAAUCAUCCAUACAACUAUAGCUGCAACUGGUCCCGCCAUCUGUAUCAUAUUAGCUUCCUACGCUGGAUGUGAUCGCUUUGCAGCUGUCGCGUAUUUUAUCGCAUCGAUGGCUUUAAUGGGCGGCUUCUAUAGUGGCAUGAAGGUGAAUGCGCUGGACUUGGCACCUAACUACGCUGGUUCGUUGACUGCUAUGAUCAACGGAACAUCGACCAUAUCAGGGAUUAUCACUCCUUAUCUAAUAGGGCUAUUAACACCCGACUCAACAUUAGUUCAAUGGCGAUUGGCAUUCUGGGUGUGCUUCGCGGUGCUCGUUGGGACCAACGUGAUAUACUGUAUAUGGGCUGAUGGAAAACAACAAUGGUGGGAUGAUGUACGUCAAUACGGAUACCCCGAAGGCUGGAAACAUGGUCCUCUCAAAACUGCUAAUGAAGACAAGGAGCGAAGCAAAAAGAAAGAAGCAGAAGGAACAGCGUUAUAGGAAAAUAUAUUUUUGAGUGCUAAUAAUAGAGUCCAUAAUACUUAUGUAUUAUAUCUUCCUUUAAACAUUAAAUAGCAUUACGCUAGAAUGUUUUUAAAAGCUUAAGACAAGAAUGAGCGGAAGUUUGAACGUUUCGCACGUUUUUAAUUAAGUGGGGUUAAGUUAAAUGGAAGACAAAGGACGCAAGGAUAUCUAGGCCCUGUUGUAUUUAUAUUAUAAGUUAUACUUUGUUAGAAGUUUAAGAAUGUACCUACCUUUUUAAAUAAUAGUUAAUAAACGCAAUGUGUACAAUUCUCAUAGUGCCAUUUUGUGAUAACGAGAUUAAUGGUGCUUUUAAGUUGAUUUUAAAAAUAUACAAAAUGAAGAGAAUUUAAUAAGAGACACAGUGAAAAUAGUCUUCGUAUAAUAUCUGUCAAAAAGGAGAAUUUUAAUAUGAAAAUUGUUGUUUGUAUUAAGAUUAAAUUAUACCAUAAUUUCCAAUUGGUAACCAACCAACUUAACCGGUAAAUAAUAGAUGUAUUGUAUGUAUUGCAUCUUAUAUAUAAAUUAUAUAUAGAUUCUUGUUAUAAUAAUAUCAUUUUAUCCCCAGGUGUAGAUUUUAUCUGUAUAAUAGUAAUCAUUUAUAUCAAAAUAAAUGAUAUGUUAUAUACAAAAAAGUCUAUAGCAAUAUGUAUUGGGUAGGUAGAUAGUUGUAUUCUUUGUAAAUAUCUGACUUAUAUUUAAUUUAAUUGGUCCAAAUUUAUGAAAAAAAAAAAAAAAUUAUAGAAAGUCUCACCGAAUUUAUCAAAACGUUUUUAUAAAUAUAUAAUCUGUGUAGUAAUUAAAUUAUUUCCGUUAACGUAUUUAUAUUAGAUAUUUGAGCAUUGAAGUAUUAUUGUUCUCAAUUUAAAUUUACGUUUGCUUAAUUUAAGCCGAAAUACCAGUGAGUAGAACACGUCUAAUCGAAGAAGAGCGGUUCAAAUAAGGAAAAAUGCCAGUCUCUUCAUAUUAGUGGCGUGUGUGUGAGAGGAGGCCAUUGCCAAGCUGUAGAACAUUAUUGGCUGUUAUUAGUUAUAAACAUAAUCGAUAUAUUUUAAACAUAUAAUAGUAUUUUACUAUAAUUUUUUUUGUAAUCGCUUAUUUUGUAAUAACGGUUACUUAAUUUACAAACACUUCUUUAUAAUUUGAAUUUAUGAAAAAUAUUUAUUAAAUCUGUUAAUAAUAUUAUAAUGUGUUAAACGCAAUCCUGAAAACGUAUUAAAGUGUGUGAUAGAUUUAUUCUUUUAGAAAGCUAUUGUGAUUGAAAGAUAAUAAAAUAUAAUAUAAA